AUGUCUUCAGUCAUUGUCCUCUCCUCCUCGCCGACACGAAUUUUCGCACCAUCACCAACACAAGUCGAGGUCGUAUCCCCACCGAGAUCGCCCCAAGGAACUGUCAACAGCAGCGCUGUUGCUUCGGGAACCCUCUAUAAAUCAUCUUUGACGACAAGAGAUAGUCUCUCAACUGGUUUCAUCUCUGCGAAGCACGUUCUAGCACCAAAACCAGGUGCGGAAAACGUGCCCGUUGGCCUUCUCAGCUCGCCCAAUUUCAGGCUGAACUCAGCAAAAGCUCGAAUUCCAGCAACUGCCGAGUCUGCCUCAAACAAGUUUGCUGUUGACAUACCGACCUUCGUACCAACUGACCAUGAUCAAGCGAAACCCGCCAGUGAUUGGGACGAGAUUCCAGACUGCACAGUGGUCAAGGUACUGCCGGCCGAUGUUAGAAGAAAGAAGAAAGCCGACAAGUUCGAGCCCUUGAAUCUGAUGAGCGCCACUUCAAGAAAGAAGAACUGGACUCCCACUAAGUCGGUAGAACGUUUCCCAGUCGACGUAGACGAUAUUCAGAAGUCGAGUUUUGGCCUCGACUUAGCCAGGGUCUUUAGCGUUUCUAACCACAACCGCGCCAGUGACAAACAUGGCACAUUGGUCAGCUCCGAAACUGUUGGCGCUUCGAAACGACCUGCCGCCAAGUUGACCCCGCGUGUGACGCCUGCUCGUGCAAAGUCACCCUCGAAGAAGAGUCGUACGAUCACGGCACUCGCGACUUCCAACCAUUUGGACGACGAUGUCGAUCAUGCCAAUCCAAUGCUCCAAUAUCUCCUCUCUACGCAAGCAAACAUGAACGCAGAUCGCGAUCUAGACACCUUCGAAACCAAAGUCGCCAAAAAGACAAGCAUGUCGAAGAAAGGGCAGUCAAGGUCAAGACUGAGAUCGCCCGAGACGGUAUUGAGCUCACUCGAAGCUCAAGACGUCAUCUUUGCGACUGCUAGUCAACUCGCUGGUGACGAGCCUCCUGCACUACUGAAAGAUACCAUUGAGGCUAUCAAGCAAUCUGAGACCCAUCUAAACUCUAGCCCACCUCGGACUCAGCAAACAGCUAUCUUCUCAGAAUUAUCUACCACACCCCAGCGGCAUGGUGUCUAUCGAUAUGGAGGCCACAAGAGCCUUUGGACUGCCGCGACUCGUGACGGAGAAGGAGCACUCUUGCAUAACGACCAUAACUUGGAGCUGCCUGCCCUGAAAGACGUUUUCACUGGCAAAGACGUCUUGCAGGAGCAAGCUGUAGGCAUACCAGUCAUUGACAGCGCCGAAGAUAGUCUGGCUCUGUUAGGCACACUUCAACCAGGAAAAGCCAUUAUGAUAAAUGCUGACAAUGUCGAAACUCUUUCUACGUACAAUACAAGCGCGAUCAGACCUCGAUCACAAGCUCGAUCAUUUUCGACCUCCUGUAGAUCUCCCGCUUCUAAGAGAACGAAUGCAUUAGACAUCUCACAACCUGCAUCGGUUGCAGACAAUGCCAACUUACCCAGCACGACUGUACAUACGAGCUCCAAGCAAAGAAAACCUCCGCCUAAACCCAACUAUGCCACCUGGACAGAUGAAGAGCUCAAGGAUGCCGUGAAAGCACAUGGUUUCAAGCGCUUGCGCGCACGGAAGACCAUGAUUGACAAACUCGAUCAACGCUGGGCUGACCAACAUGGUGUAGACUGGAAGGUUGUGAAGGAGGCCACCAAGAGAGCAUCGAAGCCUGUGAAGACAAUGGAUACUGGUGAUUUUCUCGACAAAGUUCACGACACUACUGCUCGACCACCACCUAAGCUUAAGAAAAUACGUAAGAAGAGAUCAGAAGUGAAGGACCCUGCAAACUUGAAGGACACAAAGAAAGGGAAGUCACGCGCAGUAGUUGCAGGCACAAUCGACGAUGAAAUCUUCGACAUCAGUGACAUCGAGACACCCAUUCUCACCACCUCUGAUCGUUUAUUGAACACCAACAUCCUCUCGUUCGACAACGACGAUUGCUCUGCCGAUGAUGAGCCGCCUUCAGCUACCGCUCCUGCUAAGGGCACGGGGGUUGCAGCAACGUCCUCUUCUCGAAUCGAGACCAAGAAGGCCGACCGCUUGCUGACACCACCACCUACAAUGCCGGUGCCUCUCAAGGACUCGUCACCUGGAUUCGACGACGUCCAUAUACUCUCUCCCUCGCCAAAAAGGCGCCGCAGUCGUGGCUUGGGAGCCAAGACGCUUCCGGCCCUCAAACCUGAUACGUCUAAUACUUCGAACACCAGUACAGACGUCCCGUUAGCGAGUCGCAUACUAGAAGUAAUCCAGCUUGCUCCGCCAGACAACACUGCCCGCAAUCACUAUACCAAUCCUACCUGGCAUGAGAAGAUCCUACUUUAUGAUCCAAUCGUGCUUGAAGAAUUGACGGCUUGGCUGAAUACCGAAGGGUUUAGUGCGAUUGGUGAAGAUCGUGAGAUAGACGUCAGUGAGGUGAAGGACUGGUGUCAUGCUAAUGGCAUUUGUUGUCUAUGGAAAGGAGGCUGGAGAGGGAACAAGAAGAAGGGUAAAGACAAGGCAGAGUCUUUGGAAGAAUGA